AUGGACAGCUUCUCCAGCUCCCACGACAGAAAUGUCGAGCUUCACAAGACGAAACCCGAGGACGGCAAAGAGCAUUACCCGGAACUUUCUACUGGUACCAGAAUGAUGUCGCCAUCAUCAUCAUCAUCAUCAUCCUCCGUCUCCACCUUCGGCAAGCGCAUGACGCUUUCCCGACUUCUGCUGUGCGGCACCGUCAUAUACUGCAUCGAUUUCGGCAUGUUCCUCUUCAGCGGCCUCACGGGCUCGACGGCCAUCACGACGACCACCAAGUUCGUCGCCGUCGUCACGGCCGUCGCGCUCGUGAUAGCGAUUCCCAUGUCAGACUCCUCCGAGGGCGGAGACGACGAGGAGCGCGUCUUUACCGGCUACCCAGACCUGUUCUCCGACCUGACCGGCAGGCCCGUCGAGAGGCCCGCGGUCCGGAUCGAGGAGUGCAGAGAAGACCCCCACAAGCCGCGCUUCAUCUCCAUCCCCGGCGACAAGCGCGCCGAAGUGCUUCCAGUCGUCGCCUUCAAACCCGCCGACGUGUCGGGCGACGACCACGACUCGGCCGCCUCGGCCUCGGACUGCGGCUCGCCCGCAUUUGGCGACUCGUCCGUGUCGGACUGCUCGUCCCCCACCAUCUCGCCCUGGUCGGACUGCUUUCCGGAAUCUCGAGAGGGGGACUUCACGCAAGAAAGGCUACUGUCUGUCAGCCGGCGGUCAUGA